GCAUUCAGACUGCUCUGUCACCACUCCAGUAGUUUCUCCCAGGCAGCUUUGCUCAUCCCUUCUGUGGCUUUACAACCGCAGACAACAUUCCCUCCUCGGCUGCUGCAUCUAUGGCUGCUUGUUCUACCGUGCACUGUAUGCCCCUGGCCUACAAGGUCUGGGCACAUCAGGGACCAGCGACCAGGGAGGAGUGUUUGUUUCAAGUGUUCCUCUUGUUUGGGGAGUUGCUGUUGUUUGUGGGGAGUGAGUGGGGGGUGGGUGUUGAGGAGGGAGCAGUUUUAGCGACCUUUUUGUUCUUGUCAUUUCAUUAAAAGCCAUUGUUUCUCCAGAGCCUUUCCAUGUCUGCAUGGAGUGGGCAGGGAGUGCAGGGGCACAGCUCCCCAGAGGGCCAAAAGCAUCGCCCGGCCCCACAUCGCAUCCCCCCAGCCCCGAAGGGCACGGAGCUGCCCCCAGGGCUCAGCCAGCAGCAGCCGGGCAGGCAAUCCUGGGGGGGACGGGGACUCCCCUGGCCCCUGUGUUGGAAAAAUGUUAAUUUAGCUGAAGAAUUAGAGUUUAAUUAAGUAAGACUAGAAUUAUAGGUUAUGUAUAUUGUAUUUGGCAAUUGAUAUGUAUUGUAUUUAGCCUUUAACUUCGUUGAUCUUUAUAGUUAAGUUUGUGCAGACUUCGUGUCUGUUUCUGUAGACAGUGACAGUUUUCUCACAGACCACAUAUAACCUUCACAAGUAUGAUAUUAGGGAGUGCUUAGAAAGAAUGUACUGACAACCUUAUCCGAGCAGAGCCUACGCUUUCACUAACAACCUUAUCUGAACACAGUCUACAUUUGUGAAGGCCAGAAGCAUACCAAGGGCAGUCAAGUGAAGAUAAAGAAAUGCAGGUGUCCACAAAUGAUGAGACAAUUUUCGAAUACAUAUGCAUGAAAAAUGAUGUAAUCUGUUGAAUAUACAUUAGAUUAUGAAACACUUAAGGGUUAAAUUGCGGACGCGCCGGGAUGGUCUUGGAACCUGAUUUGGGUAUACCCCAGGUUCCCGGGGCCUCGAAAUAAAGCACCACAUAUAACCUACCUGGACUGGUUAUGUGUUUGUCUCUACGCUAACAGUUUUGGCAACCCAGAUGGGACCUCGUGGGCAUUGCUGAGGCGGCCCGCAUCGAUCUCGCUCCAGCUGGCACCGAGUGAUUCUCGGGGAGCCAUCGACCGCAGCCGACCUCCCAGCUGGCACCGAGUGAUUCUCGGGGAGCCAUCGACCGCAGCCGACCUCUGCUGCCCCCGACGGACCUGGGUUAUCGGUAAGACACGGUGCUUUAUCGGGAAUGGUACCAACUUUGUCGGGUCUUCUGCCUAAUUGGGAAUAGUACUAAAUUUUCCUACGGGUCCUGUGCCCAAAUCGGAAAGGUACCAUAUUUUCUGAUCUGUCUGGUAAAAGCCUGCCUGUUAGACGCGGCGAAAGCUACGCUUGGUUGGGCUAGGGAGCUCCAGAGGAAAGCCUAGGCGCCGUCCGUAAGACAGCAGCGAAAGCUCUGCAGGUUCGGCAUCAGUGAUCUGUUCUGCAUUGUUCUGUAUUUUUCAGUAAUCUGUAUUAUUUGUUACCUGUAUCAUUCCUACUCUGUAUUAUUCGUUUUGCAGGUUCGGCAACAGUGUUCUGAUCUUGUAUUUUUCAGUAAUCUGUAUUAUUUGUUACGUGGAAGUUUGUUUAGUUUGUUGUUUGGUGCUGGUCUGGACUGUUAUAAAAUGCCACCGAUACCUAAGUCAUCACCGUUAGGGUGUAUUCUGAUGCAUUGGAAAGAGGGGCAGUUUGGGCAAGAAAUGCAAAAAAGGAAAUUGGUUGAGUAUUGUAAUGUAUGGUGGACACAGUAUGAUUUAGAGGGUCAGGUUCUUUGGCCAGAAAAUGGAACUUUAGAUUAUAGUAUCAUCCUACAAUUGAUGCAAUUUUGUAGGCAUGAGGGCAAAUGGGAUGAGAUACCAUAUGUAGAACUGUUCUUUAUCUUAAGAGGGAAAGAGGAGUGGAAGAAGGCGUGUGGGAUAAUGGUCGUUAGUACAAAAUCGGAUGAGCAAUGUAAGGGAUGUGUGACUGAGAAGAAAUGUAUGAAAUGUCUGGCAGUGGAAAAUGCUUUGCAGCAUAAGGAGGAUGAUGAUUUUGAUUUAUUAGUGGCUCCGUCGGCCCCACCAGCCCCCAGAGAUACUGGAGUAAAAGGUGAUGGGGAGGAUGAGGUAGAAAUAGAGGAACAGGAGUAUUCCACUACCCCAGUAUCCCACCGAACACGGCAACGGGAUAUUCAAGUUAGACAGCAGGCACCCAGUGCUAUAUUAGCACCGCUUCGGCAGGGGGUUGGGGCAGAAGGACCCGUAUAUGUUAAAGUACCUUUCACUCCAGGAGAUCUGAUGCUCUGGAAACAAUCUGCUGGAACUUAUCGGGAGAACCCGAGUAAAGUGGCACGAGUUGUAAAGAUGAUUCUGAAAACCCAGAAUCCUGAUUGGGAUGAUAUACAGGUAUUACUAGAUACUCUAAUGGACUCCACAGAGAAGGAAAUGGUGUUGAGAACUGCCCGUGAGCGAGUUAGAGAAGACAGUAGGCAGGGGAUUGUCACAGGGACAGUUGAUCAGAAUUUUCCAACUGAAGAUCCCAUGUGGGAUUAUAAUACUGCAAGAGGAAUGAGUAAUCUGAGGAGAUACCAGGAGUGGAUAGUUGUUGAAGUACAAAAUGCUAUGCCAAAAACAAUUAAUUGGUCGAAACUGUAUAAUGUCAGGCAAGAGAAAACAGAAUCCCCGUCUGUGUUUUUGGAGCGGCUUAAAGAGGUGGCGAGGAAAUACACAGAUUUAGACGCAGAAACAGAGCAAGCUAAGGUGCAGCUGGCCCUGAUUUUCUUAGGGCAGUCGCAGGAUGCUAUCAGAAAGAAACUGCAGAAACGGGAGGGCGCGGAGCUGCGUGAUCUGGAUGGGCUCUUAGAGACUGCUUGGGAAGUGUACAAUAACCGCGAGAGGGAGAGUUCUCAAAGACAACAGCGACAUCUGCUGGCGGUGAUGCAGCGCAGAGGCCAGCACAACCCUGCAGGUCGAGAUAGUAGGAAACUCUUCGCUUUUGAAUGGGAGAACCCGCACAAUGGACGAAAAAUGCAGUUGACAUGGACAAGGCUUCCACAGGGAUUCAAGAACAGUCCAACGCUUUUUGGGAACCAGCUGGCAAAAGAAUUGGAAUCAUGGACAAUGCAGGAGAAAUUUCAGUUACCCAAACAGGUGGCGAUUAUGCACUGUAAGGCACAUCAAGGAGGAGAUUCCAAAAUAGCUGAAGGGAAUGCGUUAGCAGACCGGACAGCUCGACGGAUUGCACGACAGGUAUCAAAUAUGAUGGCCUUAAUACCCACGAAGGUAAGCCCUUUACAAAAUUAUUUAACACAGAAGCCGAAGUACUCGGAGGAGGACGAGAAAUUAGCCAGAUUACUGAAGGCCCAGUUGGGUUCAGAUGGAUGGUACCUAACUGCAACCGGACAAGUAAUUGUACCAACAACUAUUAUGCGGACAGUUUUGCAAACGGAACAUCAGAAAUGUCACUGGGGAGCAGAAGCUUUAGUGGCAUAUCUAAAGCGCAGCAUAAUCUCAACACGGAUGUUAACAAUGGCAAGGUCAAUAAAUUCAAAAUGUGAAAUCUGUUUGAGGAACAAUCCGGUGGUUAGGAAAGGAAUAGAAAUGGGACAUAUCAGAGUAGGUAUGGAACCAGGUGAUUAUUGGCAAAUCGAUUUUGUAGAAUUACCUAAAAGUCAAGGAUACAGAUAUUUGUUAGUUGGGGUUGACACUUUUUCUGGAUGGCCGGAAGCCUUUCCUUGUCGCACCAACCAGGAGACAGUGAAAUGGCUGCUGCGGGAGAUUAUUCCAAGAUUUGGGGUACCCCUAGGCCUAUCUUCAGAUAGGGGACAGCACUUCGUAGCAACUAUAGUUCAAGAGGUAAGCAGAAUGCUAGGAAUCUCUUGGAAUCUCCACACACCGUGGAUACCACAGUCAAGCGGGCAAGUAGAAAAGAUGAAUCAGACAAUUAAGCGGCAGAUCAGUAAAAUAUGUCAGGAGGCUAAAAUUCAAUGGCCACAGGCGUUACCAAUAGCACUCCUAAGAAUAAGAAUUAAGCCAAGGAGUGGGAUGACAGUAAGCCCUUAUGAAAUCCUUUUUGGGAAACCAUAUGAGGCGCCGCAACCAAAUCUAAAUGUGCAUAUAAAAGGGAAUCAAGAUGUAUAUAACUAUGUACUGUCUCUCAGUAGAACUCUGACGUGACUACGAAGUGCCCUGAUCUGGAACCGUCCGUUAUCAUUAGAAAAUCCAGUACACGAAAUUGAGCCAGGAGACCAGGUCUACGUUCGAGAUUGGAAUGAAGAACCACUGAAAGAACGGUGGAAUGGACCAUACUUGGUACUACUAACAACAUUUACUGCGGUAAAAGUAAAAGGAAUAGACUCUUGGAUUCAUUAUACCCGAGUGAAAAAGGUUCCUAGAAAUUGGGAAGUAGAAACUCUUGGACCAACAAAACUGAGACUGAAAAGCAGACAAAUGUCGAAUUUUGUGUAUAGUACCUUAAUUGUAAUCUGGUCCUUGACACCCCUAAUGGUUAUCACUUUUGUAGAGGUUCCGCAGAAAAAGGAAAUGAUGAAAUCUGUCACUGGACAAAAUGCCACUCUGUUUUGCAAGUUCAGAAACACUGUCCCGAGGAAUUUAGAAUCAAACAGGUAUGGAUGGGGAUUGAAGGGAAAACAGAAAUCUAGAGGCAAGGUGUCAAAUAAAUUCUGUUUAUGUAACCCCCUUCAGGAUCAUGGGAUAAAGGCAGGACAUUCAUACUAUCAGAUUCCUCUGGACAGUGAUAUACUUAUCUAUUGCCUAUUGGAUGAUCCACUACCUAGGGAGUUUGGAUGGACAAGGAAAGGGAAGAAAAUCCCUAAUGAUAACAGGCAUUUAACAGAAUUAAGAUUAGGAGGAAUGUUAGUUCAGACUAUUAGACGAAUAGAUGAAUCAGAUAUGGGGGCAUAUAGAUGCCAAUACCAGAAUGAAACUGCUUCUGGAUACAGUGAAAUAAACAUCACUAGAAUUAGAGUAAAACGAGCAAUAGAAUCAACCCAACUGCCCCAGGUAAUGAAUAUACCUCGGGGUGAUCCUGAAGAAAACCUGAUAAUUGGCUUAAUCAAAGAUUUUGCAAAAAUGCAGAAUACUAGUAGAAUUACUGCAUGUUUACCCUUGCCGAAAACAGCAGGGGAACCAAUAAAAUGGGGAAUAAUGACUUUUCCAUUCCCAAAGAAUGUAGGGAAUAAUACAGUAUGCAAACAAGAAAUGAGAGUGUUACAGGUGAAACAAAAACAGUAUAUAAAGCAGCAAUGGAAAUUGCCAGGAAGGCGAGAGGAUUGUUACAAAUUACUAAACCAUCAGUUUGUCCAAAGUAAUUCAAUGUUUAGUUUUGGAGACGUGGGAUGGUGUACAUAUGAUGUGGUUAAAGAAAUCAUAGCCCCUCAGGAGAGGAAGGAGUGGGUAUGCCGAGAAAAGGAUGAGGUAAACACAAAAUGGGAUUCUGUCUGGUCAACUAGCAUCUUACAAAAAUUCCAAUAUGGAGGUGACACACCUUGGUGUUUCAGAUGGACAGGGAAACAGAGUGUCACAAAUGAUUUAGCAUUACUGGCAACUAACAAGGUCAGUCGGGAUAUCAUUGAGAGUGUUUCAUGGUGGAACUGCUCUAAGACUUUUGAUUGUGACACAGACCCUAAACAGAUAACAAUCCCUCCUGUAAGAAUAGCUUUAAUAACAGGAUGUUCAUGUUGAGAUCUGAAAGUUAACGGAAAAGUAAUACCGAUCCCAGAAACAGAUUGCAGAUACUCGACAAUACAUAGUAUGGGUAACUUUGUAUGGGCAGCUAACAAUGGAACCUGGACUACCCACCUCCCAGUGACAGGACCAGUAUGGGAAAUAACUUUGGGCUUACCUACCCUAUGCCCGAUUUGGAAGCGAUUCCCUUUUAAAGGUAGAUUAGAAACCUUACAGAUUCGAACUAGAAGAGACAUAAACAAUGAUAUUGAAGAUAUAGAUGAUAUUUGGCAAGAACCUUCAACUGGGGUUAAAGUAGGUUGGGCGCUGGAAUCUCUUUUUGCUCAGGUAGCUGCGUAUCGUAAUAGGGAAAUGAUUUAUGAUUUAAUUGGACAAACUGAAAGAUUAGCUAGAGUAACCAAGAAGGGAUUCAGAGAUCUAAAUUUGCAAUUGCAGGCCACAACCAAAAUGACCUUGCAGAACAGAAUGGCAUUAGAUAUAUUGCUAUUAAAAGAACAUGGAGUAUGCGGGUACCUCAAAGACCGGACUGAUCAUUGCUGUGAACAUAUACCAAAUGUAACUGCGGACAUAGAAUAUGAUAUUUCACAACUCGGGAAAACAGAAAAAGAGGCUGAAAGAGAAAAGGAGGUAAUUAGUCAUAACUGGAUUGGGGAACUGUUCAAUGGAUUAGGAAUUUAUCUUACUGGCUGGAUUCAAUCCCUGGCUGAAACACUAUUUACCCUCCUGAUUAUCUUUCUUGCAAUUUGUCUGGUAUACCUGUGUAUCCAAAAAGAAAUUGUUCGUAAAAGCAAUUGGACGCACAGAAUCAUUGGAGCCAUCACACGAGAAUACCCACAACACCCAACACCCCCGCUGAUUUACCAAGAAACAGCUAUGUAAAUGAAAAUACUUGCAGAAAAUGAAGUAUUUUCAAAGGGGGGAAAUGUUGGAAAAAUGUUAAUUUAGCUGAAGAAUUAGAGUUUAAUUAAGUAAGACUAGAAUUAUAGGUUAUGUAUAUUGUAUUUGGCAAUUGAUAUGUAUUGUAUUUAGCCUUUAACUUCGUUGAUCUUUAUAGUUAAGUUUGUGCAGACUUCGUGUCUGUUUCUGUAGACAGUGACAGUUUUCUCACAGACCACAUAUAACCUUCACAAGUAUGAUAUUAGGGAGUGCUUAGAAAGAAUGUACUGACAACCUUAUCCGAGCAGAGCCUACGCUUUCACUAACAACCUUAUCUGAACACAGUCUACAUUUGUGAAGGCCAGAAGCAUACCAAGGGCAGUCAAGUGAAGAUAAAGAAAUGCAGGUGUCCACAAAUGAUGAGACAAUUUUCGAAUACAUAUGCAUGAAAAAUGAUGUAAUCUGUUGAAUAUACAUUAGAUUAUGAAACACUUAAGGGUUAAAUUGCGGACGCGCCGGGAUGGUCUUGGAACCUGAUUUGGGUAUACCCCAGGUUCCCGGGGCCUCGAAAUAAAGCACCACAUAUAACCUACCUGGACUG